AUGAGUUCAAUUGAACAACUUGAAACACUUCGAAAUGCUGAAUUAUAUGAUGAUUGUAAAACAUUGGCAGAAUUCAUCUUAACACUUGAUGAAUGUGGAAAAGAUUAUCUAAAUAAUGAACAACGUUUAACUGUUUAUCGUUGUUUGGCUGAUUCAACUUGGUUUUUACAUGAAUAUCAUUUGGCUGAAUCUUAUUUUAAGAAAGUAUUACAUAGUUAUAAACAACUGGAUAAAUAUGAUAAAAAUGCGUUGGAACCUGAUUGGAUUAUAGAAUGUAAAUAUCGUCAACAUAUAUGUUUACUUAAAUUAAAUCGAUUAAAAGAAGCUCUUACUGUUCUUGAAUCAAUUCUAUUUCAACAACGUACAGCUAAAAUUCAUUUAGCACUUGGUCAAUGUUAUCAAAAAGCUGGUGGUUCAGUACAAGAAUCUAUCAGUGCUUAUCGUGAAUGUUUAAAACAAAAUCCUAAUACAUUAUCUGCUUACAUUGCUUUACUUGCUCUUGGUAUUAAAUUAAGUGAUCUUUUGCAUACACAUCCAUCAGCUGCAUCAAUACAUCAUGAAAAUCAAGCUCAACAACCAACACCUGUAACAAUAUCACCAUUAGUACGUCAACCAUGGUUUCGUGCAUUAUUACAAGCUGAUGCUUGUUCAACUAGUCGAGAUUUUGCUGAAGCAUCAAGACUUUAUCAACAAAUUGAUGCACAAUAUUUACCACAAUCAACAUAUGUUCUAUGUCAACUUGGUUACAAUCAAUAUUUAAAUGGUGAGUAUGGACAAGCAUUACAUAGUUUACAACGAGCACAACAAAUUGAUCCAUUAUUAUUAAAACAUAUGGAUAUACUUGCAUUUCUUACAUAUACAGAAUGUAAAGAUAAUUCAUUAGAAAAAUUAGUUAAUCAUUUAAUGUCACUUGGUGAUCAUCAUCCUGAAACAUGGAUUGCUAUUGGAUAUUAUUGUUUAAAAAAAAAUCAUAAACCAUCACGUACAGUUUAUCUUGCACAAAAAGCUUAUGCAUUAGAUAAUACAAGAAUUCAAGCAUUAUUACUUAAAGGUCUUGCAUUAUUUAAAUUAAAACGAUAUUCAGAUUCACUUGUUCAUUAUAAAGAAGCUGUGCGUUUAACACCAUAUUGUUUCGAAGGAUAUAAAGGUGUUGUUGAUGGUUAUUUAUCAACGAAUAGAUUAAGUGAUGCUAAUAUGUUUAUUACAAAUGCUGUACGAACAAAUUUAAAAGAAAAUGUUCGAGCAUUUACAUUAUGUGGACAAGUUCUUGCAAAAGAACCAUCAUCAUUAGAUAAAGCUCGAGUUUAUUUAGAAAAAGCACUUGUAUUGAAUGCAAAAUAUACUGAUGCAGUUAUUGCUCUUGUUGAAGUUUAUGGACAAUUAAAACAACAACAAAAAAGUAUAGAAUUAUUGAAAGAACACGUACAAAUGAAUAAUGAUCCACGCAUUCGUCAAUUACUUAUUGAAAAUUUAAUGAAAUCAGGCAGUAAUGAAGAAAUGCUUCAACAAGUUCGCAAUUAUCCAACAACACAUUUUGAACGACUUGAACGUGAAAUGAAUGAUGAUUCAAGUUUCGAUGGUGGUCGAUUUGAUACAGGAGCAAUGGGAGAUCUUGAUCCAAUGUGUGAUGAUGUUAUAGGCGAAAACUUUAGUGAUGAAGAUCUGUACAUGGAAUGUACUAUUAGCGAUCAUCACCAGCUUUCAAAUCCUUGUGCUAUUGAAUUAAUCGAUGUUACCAUUCGUUUAAGUAAUAAAGAUAUUUUAAAAUCGAUUAAUCUUUCUAUUGAACAAGGUGGAAUUUUUGCUUUACUUGGUCCGAGUGGUUGUGGAAAAACAACUUUAAUACGUACGUUAGUUGGACGUUUACAUCCUAUUGUUAAUCAUGAUAAAACACAAGGAAAAAUAUUAAUUCUUGGUAAACAUCCUCAUGCAUUUGGUCAACUUGUUGGAUUUAUGCCUCAAGAAAUGGCAUUACAUUCAACAAAUACGAUUGAUGAGGAACUUUUUUUCUAUGGUCGUUUAGCAGAUAUGUCUACUCAAAAGAUUCAACAACGAUGUCAAUUUUUAAUUAAUCUUCUUGAAUUACCACAUAAACGAAAAUCAAUUUUUAAAUUAAGUGGUGGACAACAGAGACGAGUUUCAUUUGCAAUUGCUCUUUUACAUGAACCAAGAUUACUUAUUUUAGAUGAACCAACUGUUGGUGUUGAUCCACUUUUAAGAAAAAAAAUUUGGCAACAUCUUACUGAGAUCACGAUGAAAACUGAUGUAACUGCUAUUUUAACAACACACUAUAUCGAAGAAGCUCGACAGGCUAACCUAGUAUCUUUUAUGCGGCAUGGUCAACUUUUAGAAACAGGUCAUCCUAAUGAGUUAUUGUUGAAACAUGAACAACAAACUCUCGAAGGUGUCUUCCUUGAGCUAUGUGAACGACGUCGUAUGUUAGAAAUGCAACGUCAUGGACAAGAAAAUAUUCAUCAUCAUAAAUCUUUAACAACAAUUGCAAAUAAAAUUCGUCAUUCUUGUCAGUCAAUCAUAAGUUCAUGUUGUAUGAAAAAUUCAUGUUGUCGUACACUUCGUUCUUGUGCACGUCCAUCUAUUGGUCGAUCACUUUAUGCUCUUCUUAUCAAAGAUAUUAUUAAAUUUCAACGAAAUCCAUUUAUGCUUAUCAUUCAAUUUCUUGUACCAAUUCUGCAAAUUACUUUAUUUUGUUUAUGUGUUGGAAGAAAAUUAACUAAUGUUCCAAUUGGAUUUAUUUCACGUGAAACUAUUCGAUCGAGUUCUAUGAGUGGAUUAAUAUUUAAUAAUAUUGAUAAAAAUGUUCUUAAUCUAAUUGAAUAUAAAUCGAUAGAUGAACCUCAACAUUUAUUUCAUUUGGGACAUUUAUUAGGAAUUAUUGAUAUUGGUGGAAAUUUUACUCGAGAAUUGUUUGAAAAAAUAAAUUCUUGUUCAUAUUCCGAUGUAAAUAAAUAUAAUGAUUCUCAAUUGGUAAUCUAUUUAGAUCAAACAAAUCGACAAAUGGUUUAUUCAAUUGCUGAAGAAUUUAUUCGAGUUUUUAAGAGUAUUGAUGUAGAAUUUCAUCUUGGAUUUUUUACAUCAAUUUCAUCAAAUCAAUCAUUAUUUAAAUUAGGACAUUUUCAAAAUGAUCUACCAGAUAUUGAACAUACUUUUACACAUUUUAUGAUACCUGGUAUUGUUUUAUCUGUUAUUUUUUUCUUUAAUGUUGCUCUUACUGCUCUUUCACUUGUCACUGAACAAAGUGACGGAACACAAGAACGUGUAUCGAUAACAGGUGUGAAAUCCAAUGAAAUCAUUCUUAGUCAAUUGAUAAUACAUUUACUGAUACUUAUUAUUCAGAUAGUAAUUGUUUUAUUUACUUCGUUAUAUAUUUUCACGAUUCCAUUAAGAGGUAGUUUAUUGUAUUCAUCAUUACUCUGUAUGAUACAAGGAUUUUGUGGAAUGACAUUCGGGUUAGUUAUUUCAACAAUUUUUACAACAGAAAUCAAUGCUCAUCAAGUUACAAUGUCUACUUUCUAUCCUGUAUUACUUCUAAGCGGUAUUGUGUGGCCAAUUGAAGGACAACCAAUGUGGAUGCGAAGAAUAGCAAAAUGGUUACCAAUGACAAAAGCUAUUGAUGCUAUGCGUGGUAUACUUUUAAAAGGAUGGUCUAUUAAACAUUUAAUUGUACAACAAGGUUUUAUAGUUACAUUUAUUUGGUCUAUGGUUUUUCUUAUCUUAACACUUCUUAUUUUUAAUUGUCGUCGUUUAUAA